AUAAGAUUAAUAUGGCUCUACCUGCCAGUACUUAGAUAUAACGCAAUCAUGGGUGACGUGCACGUAGUUGACGGGGAUGGUGGCGGUGUACAUGUAGUGGAUGGAGAUAGUGGUGUUCACGUCGUGGACGGAGACGGCGGAGUCCACGUGGUAGAUGAUGGCCCCGGAGGUGUACAUGUAGUGGAUGAUGAUGGUAGUGGUGUUCACGUAGUGGAUGAUGAUGGUAGUGGUAUUCAUGUCGUGGAUGGCGACGGCGGCGGUGUUCAUGUUGUGGAUGGAGAUGGCGGUGGUGUUCAUUUUGUGGACGGAGGACCCGGUGGCAGAUAAGUUGGAAUUGCGUUGUGGUGUGUAGGCUAUAGCCUACUCGGGGAAGGUCACAAAACUGAAAUUAAUAUAUUUUUAUACUUUU